GGAUUUUCUGUCGUGUCCUCCGCUCCAGAAAUCUGAUGUGCAGGCACUGCGGGGGAAAAGGCGCAGUUGGCGGCCUCGAUCGCGGAAAGUCAAGUGGCGCCCUGCAUGAAGCGGAGAGAAUUCCGGCGCGAUCGAUGACAACCAGACCUCGGAUAACCAGACCUCGGAUAACUAGCCCUCGUUCCUGUCAGCGUCCCUACUACGUAGCUAGACUCGGCUCCGAAGCGCAUUUUGACAUCGCCGAGCAUUGCGGUGUUACAACACCACAAGUGUCUGCUUCAUCAAGGCGUAGCACGUACGCAGAAUGGUAAGCCGUUACGACGACCGACAUGAUGCAGGAUUUUAGUUGUGGAGAGCAGGAGCGUGUAAGCGCCGUGACACGAGCCUCAUGUCCUGAGAGUAACCUACUUAUUGAUGACAACGACUGUGCUGACGCGACACUCUGACUCAAUUCUCCCCUUUUCUCCAACCAUCACUCAUUUCUGCAAGCACGGCUCAUCAGCGAGGCCGUGGCGUCUUUGUUAUACCAUGAUCUGGCGCAUCGUCGUUGCGUUGCUGCUAUUGAGCUUCACGGCGCCGCCACCGGUGGUGCUAGCUGUGUCCCCCAUCAGGGCCUAUAAUGUGGAUCCGUCGUCCGUGUCCGUGUCUGGACUCUCGUCGGGCGGCUUCAUGGCCGCGCAGCUUGGCGUCGCGUCCUCGGACGUGUUCAAGACCGGCUUCGGGGUAUUUGCUGGCGGGCCCUACGAUUGCGCGCGGAACCAGACCUUCACCAUGUGUGUGGGUAACCAAACGCCGUCCAUCACGAUCCCGACCGCCAACAUGAGGGCCUGGAGCAGCAGCAAGGCGAUCGCAUCGGUAGAGAACUUGGCGUCGCGUCGCAUCUUCAUGCAAGUCGGGACGGCGGAUUCGACCGUCGGCGUGAACCCGAUGAAACAGCUCAGGGCCCAGUUGUCUGCGUUCGUUGAUGACCCAGCUCAUCAGGUGUCGUUUGUCACCCUCGACGGCGCCGCGCACGUGUUUCCCACAGACUUUGACGGCGAGGGCGAUAAUUCGUGCGGAGAGAGCGCCGAGCCGUGGAUCAGCAACUGUCGCUACGACGGCGCUGGGGCGGUGCUCGGCUGGAUGUAUGGCGGCAACCUGACGGCUCGUAACGAGGGAAGCCCUACGGGCACCACGGUAUCUUUCGAUCAGACUGGGGAGUUCGGGGCCCGGGGUUUGGACAGCACGGGCUACUUGUAUGUCCCGUCGGCGUGCCAGCGCGGGGGGUCCAACAACAACCAGGUCUGUAGGCUCCACGUCGCGCUGCACGGGUGUCUGCAGAGCCACAGCCAGAUCGGCUCCAAGUUCAUGGACAACACUGGUUAUAAGAAAUGGGCCGACACAAACAACAUCAUUAUCCUGUUCCCACAGGCCAAGGUGGACAAUUCACAGCACAUCAUCUGGAAUGGCAUACCGAUCCCCAACGCCAGUGCCUGCUGGGACUGGGUCGGAUGGUACGGCGCAGACGCGGAUCAAAGAGGUGGCACGGAAAUGGCUGCCAUCGUGAACCAAGUCCGGGCCAUCGUCCGCGGCUUCGAUGGGUGAAACGUGACGUGACGACAGCCUGGGGGCAUUUCGCCUCGUAUAUUUAUUGCGCAUACUAAACCAAGCUGCAUAGAACAAGG